CACAUGACGGUGUUGUGGGUAUAUUACUCCAAAUGUGUGAGUGGGCUCCUCACUGCGGAGCUGCAGGACUCUCACAGACUCUGGUGCAGCUUCGGUCUCAGUGUCUCUGUGUCUCAGUGUCUCUGUGUCUCAGUGUCUCUGUGUCUCUGUGUCUCUGUGUCUCUGGGUGUAAAUGACUGUGUGACAGCUGCACGACUGGAGGAGCAGGAGGAAGCUGGAGGUGCAGCGAACAGACCAAACUUCUUCUGGGGGGAAAUUAUGAGAAACGUGGAGCUGUGAUUUUUUUUUUAUUUACUUUUGAAUUCCUCAUCCAUUUGACAGCAGACAAGGGCGGAGAUGGAGAACAAGGCCAUGUACCUGAGCACAUAUGAGGAGAGAGAAAACGGCUCCAUGUACGAAGAGGCCUACGAUGGACACAGCUUGUCCAAACUCAACCUGUGUGACGAAGGUUCUGGAAAGCGUCGCAGGAAGCAGGACCAGUGCUGCGGUCACCUCAACUCGCUCUCAGCCAUCAAAUACGCCAUUGUUUCCCUCUACAUCCUGGUUCUUCUCACCAUCUUUGGACUCUGCCUGACAGUCUCUCGCUCCCAGGUGUCUUCACAGCGACAGGAGGUGCUGAUGGAGAACGUCACCCGGAUGUCGGAGCGCUCUCGGCUGCUGCAGCAGAACCUGGGCGAGGCGUCCACGCAGGCCGACCUGCUGGAGAACAUCUGGAAACUGGAGAACCUCUUCCAGAACCACAGCGACUGGCUGCAGAGGCUGGAGCUCCUCAUCAAGGGCGUGGAGGUGGAGCUCAGGAGCAUCCAGGCGUACUCUCUCCAGUCCGAGGGCUACCUGGUGCAGCUGGACGACAGGUUGUCCUCCCUGAGCAGCUCCGCCAGCAGAAACCUGACGGGCUUGAUCGCGGAGGUGACGAGAGCGUCCACCUGGCUCCGAGACCAGGACCGCCUGCUCCGGGAAACCUCAGGGAAGGUGAGCGGGCUGAGAGAGAAACUGGACGACGUCAACUGGACGGUGGGAGCUGUCAAUCACACCUUCAGCAAUGACAUCAGCGUUCACAACCUGAAGAUACAGGACUUACAGAUCCAGAUCAGCAACAUCACGGAGGACACCAGCAGUUUGUGGGUGACCCACGUCCACACGGAGGCCCAGCUGAGGAACGAGAUGGAGAUCCUCAACACGAUCACUGAGGACCUCCGUCUGAAGGACUGGGAGCACUCCCUCAGCCUGAAGAACCUCACCAUCAUUGAAGGGCCUCCGGGACCUAAGGGAGAUAUGGGUGACACUGGACCAUUCGGGGCCCCUGGGGCCCCUGGGUUGACUGGCCUGAGAGGGUUUACGGGAGAAAAAGGCCUCCAGGGCCCGCGUGGCGUUAAAGGGUCGGUCGGGGUCGAAGGUGUUCAAGGACAAAAAGGAGACGUUGGACCUGCUGGGCCUAGAGGUGACAGAGGAGAACGGGGGCAAAAGGGGGAUCGGGGAAACCGAGGAGAGAAAACAGUGGAGGAGACCCUGGUGCGGUUGGUAAACGGGUCGGGUCCUCACGAAGGCCGCGUGGAGGUUUUCCACGAACGCCGCUGGGGGACGGUGUGUGACGACGUCUGGGACAAGAAGGACGGGGACGUGGUGUGCAGGAUGCUGGGAUACCGAGGAGCAUCUGAGGUCCAUAAGACCGGACGCUUCGGACUAGGAACUGGUCUGAUCUGGAUGGACGACGUCGCGUGUACAGGGACGGAGGACACCAUCCACCAGUGCAACUUUCCUGGCUGGGGCAAAACCAACUGCGGCCACGUUGAGGACGCUGGCGUCACCUGCACCGUCUAAACCGCGUCGAUCCAGCUUCUGCUGCAGCGGCAGCUCAACGUCUCCUCAAACUGUGCCUUCCUUUUUAAAGCCGCUUCACGGUGAACAACGUCCCGCUGGUGACUUUUUUUAGAGACUGAAUCAUGGGGCGAAUGCAAAGACUAAAUUCUGGUUUUAUUGACUGCGUAGUGAGAGAUUUUACUCUUUGAUCAACCAACAGGAGUCUUCAUCAGACUGGAUCCCGGAGCUCACCUGUGAAGGGUCAAAGGUCAGCUUUGUGAAGUUGCCCUCAGAGGCUGAUCUGAGAUCAGCUGGUUGCUUUGUUUUCCCUCCAGUGUGGAGAAAAAAACUGAUUUGACGAAUUCUUCAUCAGCCGUCGUCUCCGAGCUGCUGACGAGCUGAAACGGCACAUAAUGAAACCGAUUAGACUGUGAUGGACGACCGCUGGUGAACUGAUGUUUCAUUUACAGGCAGCUGCUCUUCUCCGUAUCGUGUAGAAAUGGCUUUUGUGCUUCAUCGUAUCCCGUCGCUCAGUUAACAGUCAUCUGGGGAUUUUUCAGCCCUGAUACCCGAAUUAAAAAAAAACGCAGCUAAACAUUUUCCCGUCACGUAAUCUGUUCACAUCUGAACCGUAACAUCUGUGUGUCUUUUAACCUGCUCAUCACCAAACCACUGCUUACUCUGUGCUUUAUGUUUGUAAAGAAAGUACAAGUCUGCAGCUAACAGGGUUUUGAAUUGGAUGAGAGUCACUGCCGUUGACAGAUGAAGUGAUUAUGAAGAAAAGAGAACAGAUGAGUAUAAACAGAUGGAUGCUGGGAUGCCUGCCCUGCACAAUUUAUAACAGUGGGUCUGUCGGUGUUUACUGCCAAACGUUGGGUUGUUUCAGUAUUAGUGCGCGCACACACACACACACACACACACACACACACACACACACACACACACACACACACACACACACACACACACACACACACAAAAACACACAGACUAAACCAACCAUAACAUACAAGUGUUUUCUUCUAAUUUUUACUCCUCUCUCAGUGGGUUUUAAACUUUAUAGCUCCUCUCAAAUCCAGCAAAGUUGGUACCUCCCAAGUGUCCUGGCUCACGUCUCCGUCUGAGCUUAAAGAACACACCAAACCACACGCUGGAACAGAACAUGUGCAGGAACCUGUCUCUUCACGCAGCCAUGAUUUAUGUAUGGAGAGGGAAAAUAUUUUUCAUGCACCGUGAUUUUUUCUACCCUCCACGGGCUUGUAGUUAAAUUCCCUUCGCUCUUAUAAUCUGUGGUGUCCUCCAUCAAAAUGUCUCCGCCCCACUAACGUAUGAAUACAGAUAUAAAUUUGACCGCGGCCAGAAAUGACUUUUUUCUACCUCAUGUUAACGGGCCGUCUUGGUGUUUGACGUGGUUUCCGUUUUUAAACCACGACUCUGUCAGAGAAACCAGAUUAAAGCAUGAAAAGAGGGAAGGGGAGUCGUGGGGGACUUUAAAAAGUCUUGACAGAAGUUAAAGCAACACAAAAGGGAAUCGUGGGUAGGACACAUGUUUGUGUUGUGUAUUUUUACGGCUCCGCGGCAGCGACAGCCAGCGGCCGGAGGCUUGGUGUUUUCCGGUUUCAUCCGUCCGUCACAUUCUUGUGAACGUGAAAUCUCCAGAACAUCUUGAGAGAAUUUCUUCAAAUGUGGUACAAAUGUUCACCUCUGAUCUCACGGAUUAACUGAUUCGAUUUGUGGACGGGGGGUCAAAGGUCACGGCGGCCUCACACAACAUGUUUCUUUGGCCUCUGUAAUGUGAUAUAUCAAGUCUGCCUUCAGGGGAUUUCUUCAACGAUUUUAGUUUUAUGUUAUUGGAUAAUACUCGAGUCUUUGUGCAGAACAAAAAAACGUGUAUAAUUCAUACCAUGUUUUAUGAUGGAGUAACUUUUUAUGCAUGUCAGCAUUACUACAUACUGUUUUUUGUAUUGUAUUAAACAAGCAUAGUUGAAAACAUCACAACUUUUACACCUGAGACCAGAAGGAUUUUUAGUUUUAAUUUUCACUUUCUUCUGUUUGAUGUGGAAGAUUUUUCACUUUGUUCACAACAGUUUUACGAAAGCAAUAAUACUUUAAAAUGUUGCUCACUGUGACGACCGGGACUUUAAGAAACCAACGCUGCACGAUGUGGCUGCUGGAAAGUCCAAUGUUUCAUAGUAUUAUUAUUAUCAUAGCACUCAUUAGAGCUGAAUGUAUUAAUUAACCAAUAAGUCACUCAUUGGGAAGAGCUUUGAUCAUUUCAUAAUCAUUUAACCCAUUUUCAUGCUAAAACAAUUCCAUGGCUUCUGAGUCAGUCGUCUAAUAGCAUUAUAAAUUGAAUAUAUUUGGAUUUUGGACAUAACACAGGAACAUUCCUCAGGAAAAUCAUGCUGGACUUUUAUUUUUGCAUAUUUUAUGAGGGCAAACAAUCUAUUAAAUGAGAAAUAGAUCAUCAUCUUCAUCAUCUUCAAAACACCUGAAUAUACUCAAUGCCUGUCUUAACAUUUUAAGUGAACACUCAGUCAGACUGUAAUGUAUUCAUUUGAGACUUUAAUACAAAAACAUAAUUUCUGUUUCGUAGAGCGCUUGUCAGCAAUCUGAUAAUCAGUCAGUAGAGGGCACUGCUCUGAUGGUGUCAUCAUUACGAUGGGUGUUACUAAUAUCCCAUAGUGCAUUGGGGCCAUUUUAAAGCCUCCCACCUUGAAUCAGAGGUGUGUGGCAGGGGUUUGAAAUUGGAUCUAUAAUAAAAGGGCCUCAGCCGGUGUUCAGGGGUCUGAAACACGUGAGGACGUCUUGACUCUUGUGUUUAGUCUGUUAGCUUUGGUCGCUUGAUUAAAUGAGGGCAUGUGCACAUGUACGUGUUCUCACAGUUCUGAAGAUUCUCAGAGCCAGAGUCUGAGUUCUGGAUCUUGUGAAGUGUUGCCAGACGGGUCCGGCCGGCACCUGGCAGUGACGCCAGCACCGACUGUGACUCCAAAGGCUUGUUUGAGGAUCAUGUUCCCGGCAGCCUCCAAAAUAUGCAGCUUGAUGUAAGGAGGCGGAAGUGGAGUUGUUCUGCAAAGCGUUGCUGCAAGUCAGGGGAGAGAGUGAUGAAGAGCACCUGAAGCUCACCCUCUUCAUCUUUAACGUUCGGUCUGACCGAAGCUGACGAGGGUUCCCUCUUCAAGAACAGUCGAUAUUCAGGGCUAGCACUUGUAUAUCCUGCACCCCUCAUGACUUCAGCUCUGUUUUAUUUCACUCCUGUUGACUAGAGGUCGGCUUUGUGUAGAUGUCACCUUCCAUUUCUGAAGAUUGUUCAUUGACAUCAUGUAGGAACAAGUGAAAACCCUCUGAGAUGUCACCCACUGGAGAGUUUCUCUACUUUUCACCUGAUUUAUAACCUCAGUAAGUCUCUGGAGGUCUUAAACCAGUGGGUGACGUCCCGGUGGGUUUGGAUCCUCGUGUCGCAGCUAAAUGUAUUUCGACAGAAGUUCUUCACUGUCUAUCAGAGCUCAGCAGGUAAUGAACGGCUGUGACGUGGUUUGAUGACGCCUUAAAGCCUUAUCUUUCAAACUAAGAACACCUAAGUGCACUUAAAUGAGUAUUUUUUCCUCCGAAGGAUUUUUAAAGGGAUUUGUUUUCAUGUAAACUCGGUUAUACUAAGACCUUUGUACUACUUUGGCAUAACGGCUCUGAGCACUUCUGCAUAUACACGUGUGUGUGUUUUUAUUACAUUGUGCUGGUCAUAACACAUAUAAGGGCUUCAGAGUUAACGUACAGGAGUAAAUGCUUAACUCAAACAUGAUCAUGUCAAGAAAAUACAUUUGCUUAAAGAAAUACACAACUUUUUACUUAAUGUUCUGUAGAUUUUUGUACCACUAAAAAUGUUGUAUAUGCACUGCUGAAAUAAUAAACUGUAGAUUUGUUUAAACGG